AUGAUAUUCUCGAGGUUGCCAAUUCUCAACUUGCUACACCUAUUCGCUCCCACGUCUUCGACUUACUUCUAUCCAACUGUGCAAACAUCGCUUCUCGAGCACAUACUUGUCGAUACACAGGGUGCUCAUGCAUCAGACUUCAUAGCUGCUAUAACGCCAUGCACCAACUAUGUGAAUGGAGCUCAGACUUUAGGACGAAUAACAUCAGCACAAUGGAUCCGAGUCGCGUUUCACGACUUUGUUACAGCAAAUAUAACAGCAGGGACUGGAGGGCUUGAUGCUAGCAUUGGCUUCGAGACUUUGAGGGGAGAGAAUUCUGGAGCUGCGAUGAAUGACUCGAUGGGCUUUUUCAGGCCGCGUGUCAGUUCGAAAAUAGCCACUGCUGACUUUAUUGCUUUGUCAGUAGUUAUGAGUGUAGGAAACUGUGGUGGGCCUCAGAUUCCGUUGCGCGGAGGGCGAGUCGAUGCAACAGAAGGGGGUGCUACGGGCGUACCUGCCCCUGACUCCUCGCUUGCAGACACGUUGGGUUUCUUCGGCGGUGCUGGAUUCAACCAGGUCGAUUCAAUCGGUUUGACUGCUUGCGGGCACACCAUGGGAAAUGUCCAUCAUGAGGGUUUCCCCAUAGUUGUUGGGCCUGACGCAGUGUCCGAGAACAACACCGGCGGCGGGAUCCAUUUCGAUAGCACUGUUGCUACUUUCGACACUUUAGUUGUUCACGAAUAUCUUAAUGGCACCGGGAAUGCAGGAGGUCCUCUCGUGACCUCUUUCAAUGUCAGCUCUCGAAGCGAUCUCCGACUCUACGAAAGUGACAACAAUGCUACAAUGACUAGUCUUGCUAAUCAAGGCAACGGCUUCUUCGAUACCUGUGUAAAUUUAUUUCAGCGGAUGCUCGAUACUGUACCAACUGGCGUUGUGCUUUCAGAUGUCAUCGAGCCAAUGCCACUUAAACCUAUCAACGCAACUCUUGAUUUCGAUAAUGAUGGCAAUCUAAUAUUUACUGGAUACAUAAGAACCCUCGCUACUGGAACCUCAGCCGCUCCGCAAUCACUAAACCUCACCACUUCUCUCGACAAGCAGGGUCUCCUUCUCACCCCUGAGUCGGAAACCGGUUCAAGCAUUUUCGGAUCCACCACUUUCUUCCCAUUCAGCACCCAGAUAUCAAACCCAGAAGCCUUCACCUCAUUCAAUGUUUCUGCUCCCGGUAUCUCGUCCCAGAGCUUCCCUGUGCAAUCAGGUGCUUUCGUCGUGCCUUCCCUUACCACUGUAACAACAAUCCACAACACCACCGCCACGGUGGCCUUUUCCGUCGCUACGAGACAGGGCUAUGUGGGUCGGAUGAUGAAGAGAGAUAAUUCGACAGCGCCGAGUGUCAGCAUUCAGGCGCCGGUUGCGCAGGUGGGUACGUUGGGUCCUCGCAUUGAGACAUUUGAUGAUGUAGCUGUUACGAGCGUGGCGCAAAAGGCGGGGUAUUAUGUUUGGGAAGGAAGUGUCACUGUCGAAGAUUGGACUUUGGGACCUCUUAGCAUAAGUGUGCUUAAUGAGAAUGGAGAUGAGGUGGAUGUUGCGAUGGUUGACUGA